AUGAACCGCGACAGCAGUGUUACGCGUCUCUUGAUUUUUCGCCAUCGCCAAACCACGAGGUGCGAUCUAGACUCUUCGCCUAGCGAAACAGAGACAGUUACCACCAAGGCGUUACGACUCGUCGUCCCGCUGGUGGGACUCGCAGCUCUGGCAGCCGGCGUCAGGGCUAACUGGCGAUUCUUCAGCAGCGAAAGGUUCUUGACGAUAUUGGCGAAAUUGAUUGGUUACAUCAUAGUCACCGCAUCGACGGUGGUGAAGCUUCCUCAGAUUGUGCGUAUUGUGCGGAGCAGGAGCAUAGAGGGGUUGAGCGUACCAGCAUUCGAGUUGGAGUGCGUGGGCUACACCGUCUCGCUGCUCUUCUGCUGGACUCGCCGCGUGCCCUUCAGUGCUUAUGGCGAGCUCUUGUUCCUCGUGCUCCAGUCUGUAAUUCUCAUGCUGCUGAUUUACUACCAUUCCCCAAGGCUGGGCCGCCAAAGAUAUCUGAGGACUGGCAUCUACAUGGGUAUGGUGGCCUUCCUCCUGUCACCAGCCAUGCGCCCCCACUGGUUUGAAGCCCUCUAUAAUGGCCAAACGGCUGUCUUCACACUGUCGAGACUACCGCAGAUGUGGGAAAACUUUGUGUCCUCUGGCACGGGGCAGCUUUCCCUCACCACCAGUGCCAUGAGCGCAGCAGGCUGUGCAGCCCGAUUCUUCACCAGCAUUCAAGAAAAAGCGCCAUUCAGCAUGGUGAUCGCAAGCUCGGCUGGCUUCUUAACUAACGGGUUCCUGGUCGCUCAGAUCCUCGCUUACAGCAAGCCGGCAAUCCAACCAACGCAGCAAACAGCGGCAGAUACCACCAAGCAAGCAGCACUGGCAGGCAACCCAGCAGUGGACCUCCCUUCUACUGCAUCAGAGUAA